CUCAGACUUCGCUCACCAAUUCUCGCCAUGGCGGCCAUGUCGAGAGGACCGCUGACGAAGCUACGGACGCCCAAGAAGCCCAGAGGCGGCACUCCCUCGUCGCGAAACCAUUCCUUCGAGUCCUUCUCCCAGCGCAUCGCGAAGCUCAAAAUCGAACCCGUACGCCGCGGUCGUAGCACGAUUCUCGACGAUGCCGAACUCGAUUCCACCUUCUCGUUCUUCCGCGACUCUCUCGCCGAAUGGAGGGACAUCAACAUGUCCGAAGCCUUCACCAGCUUCGCCCGACGAGUCGCCCCUCUCUGCGACUCGCUACCACAGCUCCUCCAUAACGAAGCGGUGAUAUUUGAUAUGCUCGUGGAACGCAUAGAGAAUGGGGACAAGUACAGUGAGGAGCCGCUGCUGAGCCUCUUGGCGCGUUUUGCGCAUGACCUGGGUGUGAGGUUCGAAAAGCAUUUCGAACGGGCAGUCAGGACGGUGUCGCAGUUGGCGGCAAAGCGCCCGGACGCUGAGGUGAUCGAGUGGAGCUUUACAUGCCUGGCCUGGCUCUUCAAGUACCUGUCCAGGCUCCUGGUCCCGGAUCUGAGACCCGUCUUCGACCUGAUGGCGCCACUGCUGGGGAAAGAACACCAGAAAUUGUUCGUAACGAGGUUCGCCGCAGAAUCUCUCAGCUUCCUCGUGCGCAAAGCCGGGGCGGUGCACCACCGAGACAAAGCUCCAUUGAAGUUGAUAACAAGCCACAUCUCGGACCGGUUGAAAGAGCUGCAAGGCACAGGGCGCGACUAUGAAUUUCAGCAGGGUCUCAUGUACCUCUUCGCGGACUCUAUCAAGGGUGUACAGUGCGGUUUGCACUCAAGCGCCGUGGGCAUAAUACAGGAGAUGCUACUUCUGGUCUACAGCGAGGAUUACGUCUAUUUCCAAACCCCACCUCUCGAACCUGUCCUCGUUGGUGUCAUUACCGCCGUUAUCCACCACUCAGAGGCGGAGAGUUUCCGGCCCCUUUUGGAAGCUAUACUCGGACAAGUCAGGAGUACGUCGCAGGACGUACGUUAUCUCGGAUUAUCCUCACGCUUAGUCUUCGUCGCUUGCGGUGUUAGAAAAGGAUCUCGGGUGGCAGACUGGAAAGCGGUUUUGGACGUCCUUGGCCUCCUCCUAGAUGCGGCCAACAACUCUGCCACGCCGGAUGCUUCGCAUAUGCGAGAAUUCCUUUCAACUGUGUCGAUCGCGUUCCAUUACUGCCCCCUCGAUGCUGCGAUACCCCAUGUCCAAACUCUGGAGAAACUCUGCCGUGGUCGUUGGGAGAACUACUUCCUUCCGUUUUGUAACCUAUUCGCGUCAAGGACAGAUAGAUUUAAUACUCUUCUGCUCUCAUUCUUCAAGAGGUUCAUUGCCCAAAAGGCGCACGAACAUGGGGACCAGCUUUGCGUGGUGUUGCCCGACCUUUACAGGGCGGGGAUCCUAGCGGGCGGCUCGUUGCAGCCGUCUAGCACUUGGCAAGAUCAAAUGGUCCAGCAUUUUUGGAACCUGAUUGCAUCGGACCUCCAAACUGACGACUCCGUGCGGUUAGCAUAUCAAUGCAGUGCUGUUCUCGAAACGAUUGGCUGCCUUAGCCUCUCACAAGAAGGCACGCGGCCUAUCUCGAACCACCUCUACGCUGCACUCAAACGUGCUAUGCAAGUCGACGGUAUGAAAUCCUCUCGACCGAUCGACAUUCUAGCGGCAGGAAACGGUUUCCAAUUCCUAGUUGAAUGUGGGGACAUGAGUAACACUAUACUGGAUAUCUGGCCUUCCUUAUGCUCCGCCUCCCCUAUCUAUGGCCAUCGUCUUCCCUUCUGGCACGCUCUACUCUCCUUCACCGAGAAGAAUGGAAAAAAGCUUGAAAUGGAAGGGCCACACAUGGUACCGUUCAAGCAAGCUAUCAUGAAUUGCAUCGGAUCACCUUCUCAUGACCUGCGCCUCACUGCUCUACGCAUCCUUGAGAUCAUCGCUCCCGAAAGCCAACAGCUACAGGACGUCAUCGCGAUCGAGCAAUCGCCCAUGACCCUAGAAACUCAACGCACCGUGUCCAUGCGCAUCGGGCAACUCAGCAGGACGUACUCGGAAAUUUCUUCGGACGAGUGGGUAGGUGAAGCCAUUCCGACAUUCUGCUUCGGUCUUUUGCACGUUCGGCUCGCAUCAGUCUGGGAUGACGCCUGCGCUGCCUUAAAAGCAAUUUGCGAAACGAAGGAGGGGGAAGGCCAUGUUACACGGAUCGCAUUCAAAUGGCUGAGCCAGGCCAAAACUCAGGAUGACUCCAUCGCCACCGCCAUUAACGUUGCGUCGCCGCCCCGAUAUGUGUCUGAGUUUCAGUGCACAAACGUCAUGCAGCUGGAACAACUGAUAUCGGAAAAGCAGGCCUCUGUCGAAAAUGCAGAGGGAACACUAAAAGGUCGAUUCCACACCGAGAAUGCGAAGGUCUCAUUCGUAAAUCCCUUCAGCAGGACGCAGGCGCUGCGCGUGCUGAAUAGCUUGCCUGCUGUCGCGGAAAAGCGUUCACGGCUCCUCGUUCCUGUAUUACUUGACUGGGCGUUGGACCAGCCUACAACAGCUAGUCUAGCAGACAAUUCCACAGGAGAAGAGUUGCUUGACCAAGAUGGCUCGCGUUGGGGGCGGAAGGACCAAAAGGCAAUGCUUUUGGUUUUCUCAAAGUUCACCAACCCGAAGGUAUUAUAUCGAUCCGCUGAGGUCUACGAGGCUCUGGUGGCGUUAGUAGGCAACGGCGAUGUUGAGAUCCAAAAGGCCGCUCUCAAAGCCGUUCUCACAUGGAAGGAACCUGCCAUCGCGGAUUAUCAAGAAAAUCUGUUCAACCUUCUGGAUGACGCCCGCUUCCGAGAUGAGAUAUCGGUUUUCCUGGACGCUGGCGCUGAGCAUAGUCUCGUGAAGGAAGAGCAUCGUGAUCGGCUACUCCCUGUCCUGCUCCGCCUGUUGUACGGCAAGGUCAUCAGUGGAAAGAAAGACUUGGAUGUAAAGAGGAAGGCUGUCUUUCAAGCUCUAACGAGAUUCGAGGAGAAAGCCACCCAAAAGUUCCUCAGCAUUGCGUUGGGUCCUUUGAGUGGUAUCACCACGCUCCGAGAUGGUGUACUGGAUGAGGAAUUGCUGCAAAUUGAUUUGCAGAACCCGCGCAAACAGGUUGGCAUGUUGACCAUGCUUGAAGACAUGGUCACUACCCUCAAGACAACAAUCCGGCCCUUCGUUGCGCUCAUCGUGGAUCCUCUCCUCUAUUGUCUUAUCAAAGCUUCUCGGUGCCUGUCAAAGGCUAGAGCGUCGGAAAAUGAGACCGAUGAUGUCCAGGACGUUCAAGUGUCGCUGUCCAGGACGAUUCGCCAACGCGCCCUUCAUUCUUUGAACGUCCUAUUCGAGAGUUGCCCCGACUUUGCCUGGGAUGCCUACUCGCCACACAUCGUCAAGGAGUUGGUAAACCCAAGGCUUCAGCAGUUCCCAAUUGAGACGGCCCAAUCUAUCUCAGGGCUCCUUCGACUCUUCUCUGCCUGGUCCAAAUCCCCCCUAACGGCCCACUUCUUGGUCGAAUACAACCCGGAGAUUCUCACCAAGGUGGUAGAAUGCCUAGGUGUACCAUCAGCUAAGGAUGAAGUGAAGAGGUUCGUUCUGGAUGCCAUCCUUCGAACACUCAUUGCUUCAGUUGCAGACACCGAUAAGUUCCUGAAAAAUCGUAUCCAUUCCGAGAUCCUCCAGCCUUACGCGAAUACGAUCCUCAGCGAGGUUGGCGAUUUCCUCCGAAAGAGCCCGAGCAGAGAAGUCCUUGUGUCUGGGGUUCAGACAGUUGCGGAGCUCGCGCCACAUGUGGUGGGCUCUGCAGAGUCACGCAGCAUGAUCGAAAUUUCCUCGUUUCUCCUUAGACAACCGUCCAAGCGCGUGAAUGCGCCAACUAAACAGGGGCUGCUCAAAAUACUGCACGAGUUCAUUCCGCGCUGUGAUAGCCAAGACAUGGAUGAUCUCUUCGAAGUCGCUUUUGACGCUACCACUCCAUUAUUCGCAUUCUCUCAGGAUAGACAGGUCAGGACCCUCCUCUGCGGUAUCGUCGAAGAUCUUGCAUCUUAUAAGGAUGAGCUGUCACCAAUUGCCGAUCUAUGCCGCGACCUCAACUCUUUCUCCCCCUCCCGGUUGGAUGAGCCUGAUUUCGGUCGCCGUUCGAGCGCAUUCGAUACCAUCAACGGAGAUGAGGUCAAAUCUUACACACUCACGCAAUGGAAGCCGCUAGUUUUCAACAUGCUCUACUUCAUCAAGGAUAAUGACGAGCUCAGCAUCAGAGUCAGCGCGUCCCUAUCUCUCCAGCGCUUUAUCGAAGCCUCCAUCACCGAUGACGUGUUCAAACCCUUCAUAUCUACAGCCGUUCUGCCCGGUAUACAGAACGGGAUGCGAGAAUCCUCGGAGCUUGUCAGGAGCGAGUUCUUGACUGUUCUCGCUCAGCUGGUGAAGACGUACUGCAACUGGGCCCCGAUCGCUGAUUUAUCUGUAUUGCUGUCUGCAGACGAGGAGUCAUCAUUUUACAGUAAUGUUCUGCACAUCCAGGGUCAUCGCCGCCAACGAGCUUUAAGACGACUAGGUUCUCACGCUACACAACUCGAGGCAGGACAUAUUUACCAUCUCUUGAUACCCCUCCUCGAGCAUUUCGUCUUCGAUAAGGCCGACGACGAGAGCGCUAAUAGCCUCGCUGGCGAGACCAUUAAGAGCAUCGCUGCAUUAUGCCAAGGGCUGGAAUGGCCUCAAUUUCGUUCUCUGCUAAAGAGGUACAUCGGGUAUCUGAAAAGCAAGGAGGAUAUGCAAAAGACCAUCAUCAAACUCCUUGUAGGGCUGAUGGAUAGCCUGAAUGAAUCUGGGCGCUCGAAAGGCUAUAUCGCGGGUGGAUCACAGAGUGACAAGGCACCCCCAUCCGAAGGUGCUGACGAGGAGACUGUAAUGGACGUGGACAAACCGACUGCCGCACUUUGCAAGACGCUUCCGCAGCAGGAAAAGCUGACCAACGAUCUCGUUAACAACGUACUUCCCGAGUUGACGGAGUUCCUGCACAACAAGGACGAAUCAACUGUCAGUCUCCGAGUUCCCAUCGCGAUCGCGGUGACGAAGGUACUCCUUGUCCUACCGCCUCGUGAGAUCGAAGCACGGCUUCCAUCGCUUCUGUUGGACAUAUGUCACAUCCUCAGGAGUCGGUCCCAAGACAGCAGAGACAUGUCUAGGAACACCCUCACUGAAAUCGUCACGUUUACUGGCCCGACUUACUUGAGCUUCGUUCUGAAAGCCUUACGAACCGCACUCCAACGAGGCUACCAACUCCACGUCCUCUCAUUCACGCUGCACAGUAUUCUGGUCAAGUUAUCGGAGCAACUCAAGCCGGGGGACCUGGACUAUUGCCUUACGGAUAUCGUUGAUGUCAUUAUGGAUGAUACGUUCGGUAUUACGGGUCAGGAGAAAGAUGCCGAGGACUACAUCAGUAAAAUGAAGGAGGUGAAGAGCAGCAAAAGCUUCGAUACCAUGGACCUUAUCGCGCGGACUGCCACUACAGCGCAUCUGGUUGACCUCGUGCUACCCAUAACGUCACUCUUGCAGGAGAAUCUCGGUGUCAGGACAGUACAGAAGGUUGACGAAUUACUACGCCGCAUAGGCCUGGGUAUACUCCAAAAUCCAACCGUCAAGGAUCGCGACGUGCUGGUGUUCUGUUACGAGUUAAUACAGGAAGUCUAUAAAGCUAGCAACAGCGCAGAUGCCGCUCCAAAGGUGCUUCCCAGGAACAGGAAAUAUCUCGUCAACAUGAAAGGCGCCGCGAAGUCUGGUGCGCGACACUCAGCGACGUCCUACCUCUACAAGGCCACUCGCUUCAGCCUCGACAUCCUGCGCACUGUUCUACGCAAACACGAGGAACUGCAGACGCCCCAAAACUUAGCCGGAUUUUUACCUGUCAUUGGCGACGCAUUGAUACAAGGCCACGAGGAGGUACAAAUAUCCGCCAUCCGUCUUCUCAGUAUAAUCAUGGGACGAAAAUUUCCAGAGUUGGACGAGAACUGCCCCGUUUAUGUGACAGAAGCCGUACGGGCCAUCAAAGGUGCCCCGUCGUCCAACAGCGAGAUUGCCCAAGCAUCCCUCAAGUUGAUCUCGGCUGUCCUACGAGAGCGACCCAAUGUCGAAGUCAAAGAGCGUGAUCUCGCGCUCCUCCUAAAGCGGAUUAUCCCCGACCUGGAUGAGCCUGACCGCCAGGGUGUUACGUUUGCUUUCCUGAGGGCAAUCAUGAACAGGAAGCUCGUGAUUGCCGAGAUUUACGAGGUCAUGGACACAGUCGCGGCAAUGAUGGUCACAAACCAUACUAGGUCUGCCAGAGACCUCGCAAGGAGCAGUUACUUCCAGUUUCUGAUGGAGUACCCACAAGCGAAGAAUCGGUUCAAGAAGCAGUUGGAAUUCUUGCUGAAGAACUUGCGGUACGACUACGUUGAGGGAAGACAGUCCAUCAUGGAGGCCUUAAACUUGGUGCUCACCAAGGUCGGAGAUAACGUCCUGCAAGACCAGCUGAGCUUAAUGUUCAUUCCUCUGAUCCAUUCCAUGGCGAAUGACGACUCGAGCGACUGCCGCACGAUGGCCGGGGCUCUUGUCAAGAAAAUUUUAGAACGCGCGGACUCGCAGCGGUUGAAAAGCUUCACUACCGAUCUUAGGAGCUGGCUGGGACAGGACGAAGACGCGGGCCUGAAGCGUCUUGGCAUUCAAUGCUGGGGCCUGUAUUUUGAAGUAGCCGAUGCUAAACCGAAAGAGCUGGCAUUCGUGCUUGAGCAGCUUCAGUCGAGCGUGGAGGGCUGCCUUGAGCGUCGCGACGGGGACGGCUGGGAGCUCAUUUACUACUCUCUAACAGUCUUCUCAAAGCUCUGCAAGUCACACCCAGACACAACUCUUUCGUCGGACAAGAAGAGCUUUUGGGUCGCCGUCCAAGCUUGCGUUUCGUACCCCCAUGCUUGGGUCAAGCUCACGGCUGCAAAGCUUCUGGGAACCUAUUUUGCCGAUCUCGCCAGCACAAAUGGCGAUGCUGGCCUCGACAAACUGCCCUUGCAAGGCUCCCGUGGCCUUCAGUUGACCGAAGAGGACAUGCUCCGGCUUACAAACUCCCUCCUCAAGAACCUCUCCAUGCCAAAUGUCAGCGAAGAUUUGUGCGCGCAGAGCGUCCGCAACCUGGCCUUCCUAGCACGAUGUCUAGCCGCGAACGGCGCGAAGUGGAACUGGCAGAAGGUGGAUGAUGACGAUGAGGUGGAGGAUACCACUAUAGACGAUGCGAAUGGCGUCACCAACGGGGAUGCGGAAUCCUCAGCGGAGGAAUGGGGCGGGUUCUCCCCACAACCCGAGGAACCGGACACAAAGAAGAGCAGUAGCGCGCCUCCAACUGCUAUCCACCGCCUCAUGACGCGCCUCUCGGGCCUCAUCCGCCGCGAGACCAAGAUCAUGAAGCUCGCGUCCCUCUACCCCAAAUCCGCCACCAUGACCCUCCUCGAAACGCUCUGUACCAAGCUCCCUGUCCCCUCCCUAACCACAUCCCUCUCGCACCUCCUCACCACCCUCUCUACACUCGUCGACCCGGCGACCACCAUCCCGCGCUCCACAGACUCCGCCUUCAACGACACGUACCGCGCGCUCAUCGACAAAGCGCGCGAAGUCAUGGACGUCCUGCAGAAGCGCAUGGGCACGCCGGAGUAUCUGAAGGUUAUCGGGGAUGUGCAGCGGGGCAUGCGGCAGCGGAGGGAGGAGCGCAGACAGAAGAGGAAGAUCGAGGCGGUGGCGCAGCCGGAGAAGUUUGCGAGGGACAAGAGGAGGAGGAAUGAUGUUAAGAGGGUGAAGAGGCAGGAGAAGGCGGCGGAGUAUAAGGGGAAGAGACGGGGGUGGUAAAGUGAAGUGAAGUGAAUAUGGUGUUUGUGAUGCGGUGUGAUGGAGGGUAUGAGAUUGCAUUGCGCGGCGUUUUAAGGGGCCAAAAGUGGGAUUUGGCCGGAGUCUGUGGGGUUGGUAGAUGCAUAGAACUUGAAUGAUGAUAACGAUACCCCGUUUCAAUCACCGCCUCUCGCGCUUAGUGCUCCAUCUUGACCCUCCUUCGCGUCAAUCCAAUCCAACGCACCCAUUCUCCCGCGAACACUCAUCCUUAAAAUGCAGCCCUCAGCAUCCUUCCAUCGUACCUCAACC